CCUCGACGGCGUCAAAAUCCACGCGGACAGGAAGAGCCGCAACGUCUGGCGCAAUCGCUAUCUCGCCGGCAUCCGUGAGGGCAUGACAGCCUGUGGUGCCGGGGAGGUGCACUUGCCGCUCGAGUUCAAGUAUAUUAUGCGGGAGGUAGACAGCCUCGACGGCGCGGGCAUGCCUCUCGACCACAAGCUGGGACGCACCGUCCAGUUUUGGGAGGGCUUGAAUGAGAGCACUUCUGUGGACGGAGCGAGUGACCUCGUGCGCCCCGGCGACGCCAUUCGCGACUUGGCGGGGCUGCCGCGCGACUGGCAGGUGCGGGUGGGAUGGAAGAGCGGUGCUGGCCCCAGGAGCAACACGAGCUGCUGGAUCAUCUACUGCGCCCGUAUUGGUGAGCCCGCCGGCAGGGACGCGCUUGGCAGGAGACGAAACAAGGACCACAAGGCGUGGGCUUGGCGCUACAUGGUCGUCGAUGAGAAAGAACACAGCCAUGUCAUGUUCAACGACGUGUGCCAACUCCUCGAGUGGUGCAUGAAAGAUAUCGGCUUGCCCUACCCUGACCUCCCGUCGAUCGGCUCGAUCCCGGCACCCAAACCUCAGGUAGGGACUGGGAGAGAAUCGCGGAAGGCCCCAGUGGCUGUAUGGAUGUCAGGGGCCUGUCUCGGCGAACCGUCGUCAAAACCCGUCCUCCCCAAACUGCAGGCGCAGUGGUCAGGCCCGGAUGAGCUCCAUGGUAAUCAACUUCCAGAGAAAGCCCAAGGAAAGCAAUCCGAACAUGAUCCCCUGACAGACUUAAUGUUAAUGUGUAACGGAGACAUGCCUAUGCCUUCAAAUUCGGAAUGACGGGUGACGGGUUUAGCCGUCUAAGCGGAAUGGUGCAUUGUGCUUUUCAAGCUGCUACAGGAGGGAUGAGUGGCAGUUAGCGACUUAGAUUCAGAACC